CGAGGUCUCUGCGCUCGAUCUUAUCUCCACUCGGGGAAUGUCAUUCACUGUCAGUGGAUCCUCAGUGGAGGUCACGAUAAGUGUUUUUUGAGGUCGAUCCGGGGUUACUCUCCUCCUGAAGAUUUUCUCGAUCAUUUGACGUCCCACUGCCAUCAACAUGCUGCCCCGAUUCCUUAGGCCCGCCAUAAAUGUCACCCAGCAGGGCGCGAAGCGAUUAUCCACGAGUGCCUCGCUCAAUACAAAAGUCAGUGUCAUGGGAGCAAGUGGUGGCAUUGGCCAGCCACUAUCGUUGCUUCUCAAACAGUCGCCUCUUGUUACGGAAUUAUCGCUGUAUGAUAUCGUAAAUACACCUGGUGUGGCUGCCGAUCUUUCGCAUAUAAAUACUCCGGCAAAAGUUAAAGCUUACAAUGGUCCGGAGCAGCUAAAAGAUUCUCUUAAAGGCGCUCAGGUUGUUAUCAUACCCGCAGGCGUUCCACGCAAACCAGGAAUGACUCGUGAUGAUCUGUUUAAUACGAAUGCCUCCAUCGUCCGGGAUCUCGUUGCUGCGAUGGCCGAAGUCGCACCAAAGGCCUUUGUAGCGAUUAUUUCGAAUCCAGUCAACAGCACAGUGCCAAUUGCAAGUGAAGUUUUGCAAAAGGCGGGUGUCUAUGAUCCUAAUCGCGUGUUUGGAGUAACCACUUUGGAUAUCGUCAGAGCAAACACCUUCAUCGCAGAGGCAAAGGGCCUUGAUCCGCAAAAAACGAAUGUCCCAGUUAUCGGAGGACACAGCGGUAUUACUAUCAUCCCAUUGAUCUCGCAAUGCACACCCUCAGUUUCUUUCCCAGACGACCAGUUGAAGGCGCUCACCGAGAGGAUUCAGGAGGCUGGUACGGAGGUUGUUAAGGCCAAGGCAGGAACAGGAUCCGCGACUUUGUCUAUGGCUUUUGCCGGCGCGCGAUUCGGCAUCUCGUUAAUCAGAGCGCUCAAUGGAGAAACUGGUAUCAUCGAGUGCUCAUAUGUUAGGUCGAAUGUCACUGAUUCUAAAUACUUCUCCACACCGAUACUUUUAGGCAAAAAUGGAAUUGAAAAGAAUUUAGGUUUGGGUAAACUAAGCAGUUUCGAGCAGAAACUUCUGGAUGCUGCCAUUCCGGAGCUUAAGAAAAACAUUCAAAAAGGAGAAGCGUUCGCAAAGAAGUGAGAUAUCUAUUCGGCUUAGCUGAAUAGAGCGUGAUUUGUCGAAUUGCGCGUGAGAAUUGCCGGUCUUUGUCUUGCAAUUGCGAUAAGCUAUACAACAACCGAAAUUUUUCAACCGUGACAAGCGCGAAUAUAUCUUCUGUUUCUUCUGACAUGUAUGUAAAUGUAUAAAAAUACGGAACAGACUAUCAAAUGCCAUAAUUAGGUAUUAUAAAUAAAUUAUGUAUUAUAGAUAAAAGCUAAAUUAGCUUAUUGAAAAAAUUUAUAUAUCUAUAAUUAGAAUAUAUGAAAUACAGAAUGAAAUAAAA